AGUGACAUGUCUGCCCUGGGAACAUCAGGUCUAUUCUUCAAAGAUGGCAAAAAACGUAUUGAUUACAUUUUAGUCUACAAAAAAUCCAGUCCUCAAAUUGAGAAAAGAAGCACCUUUGAAAAGAAUUUACGAGCAGAAGGAUUAAUGUUAGAAAGAGAGCCAGCUGUUACAAACAAUGACAUUAUGUUUGUAAAAAUCCAUUGUCCUUGGGACACACUCUGCAAAUAUGCUGAAAGAAUGAACAUUAGGAUGCCUUUCAGGAAAAAAUGUUAUUACACUGACUGGAGGAGCAAAACCAUGGGCAGUUUCCAGAGGAAUAUGAGGGAAUUGAAAAGCUGGUUGCCCAGAAAUCCAAUGAAACUUGAUAAAGAAGCUCUUCCUGAUCUGGAAGAAACAGAUUGCUACACAGCUCCUUUCAGCCGAGCACGUAUUCAUCAUUUUACAAUAAACAACAAAGAUAGCUUCUUCAGCAACUCUACAAGGAGUAGGAUAGUGCACCAUAUGUUACAGAGAACGAAGUAUGAAGAUGGAAAACCAAAAAUGGGCAUCAACAGACUGCUCAGCAAUGGAACAUAUGAAGCUGCAUUUCCACCUCAUGAGGGAAGUCACAAGAGCAGGCAUCCUAUUAAAACACAUGGAGCUACGAACCAUCGGCAUCUAUUAUAUGAGCGCUGGGCACGAUGGGGAAUGUGGUACAAAUACCAACCUCUGGAUCUGAUUAGGCGAUAUUUUGGAGAGAAAAUUGGUCUUUAUUUUGCUUGGUUGGGAUGGUACACGGGGAUGCUUAUCCCUGCUGCACUUGUUGGAUUGUUUGUUUUCCUUUAUGGAUUAUUCACCAUGGAUACUAGCCAAGUAAGCAAAGAGAUCUGUGAAGCAAAUGAGACCAUCAUGUGCCCCAUGUGCGAGAAGAGCUGCACACUGCAAAAACUCAAUGAAAGCUGCAUCUAUGCAAAGGUUACAUACUUAUUUGAUAAUGGAGGAACUGUCUUCUUUGCCAUUUUUAUGGCUAUAUGGGCUACAGUCUUCUUAGAGUUUUGGAAACGACGACGAGCUGUACUUACAUAUGACUGGGACCUCAUAGACUGGGAAGAUGAAGAGGAAGAACUUCGUCCCCAGUUUGAAGCAAAAUAUUCUCAAGUGGAGCGAGUAAACCCUAUAACAGGAAAGCCUGAACCUUUUCAACCUUUUCCUGAUAAACUUAGUCGACUGAUGGUAUCUGUGUCAGGAAUAUUUUUCAUGAUUUCAUUAGUGCUAACUGCAGUGUUCGCAGUGGUGGUUUAUCGCCUAGUGGCUAUGGAGCGGUUUGCCUCUUUCCAGUGGUAUUUCAUAAAAAUGUACUGGCAGUUUGCAACUUCAGGCACUGGAGUCUGCAUCAACUUUAUAAUCAUCAUGUCCCUUAAUGUAGUAUAUGAAAAAGUUGCCUAUCUUUUAACAGAUCUAGAACACCCCAGAACAGACUCAGAGUGGGAAAACAGUUUUGCUUUGAAAAUGUUUCUUUUCCAGUUUGUCAAUUUAAACAGUUCUAUUUUCUACAUUGCAUUUUUUCUUGGAAGAUUUGCUGGUCGUCCUGGAAUGUACAACAAACUUUUUAACAAAUGGAGAUUAGAAGAGUGUCAUCCAAGUGGCUGCUUAAUAGAUCUGUGUCUGCAAAUGGGUGUAAUCAUGGUUUUAAAACAAAUGUGGAACAAUUUCAUGGAACUUGGUUAUCCGUUACUCCAGAAUUGGUGGUCACGACGCAAGAUCAAGAAAGGAGGACAGUUACUAGAACAUAAAGUGUCUUUAUCUCAGUGGGAAAAAGAUUGGAAUCUACAGCCCAUGAAUCUCCAUGGUCUGAUGGAUGAAUACUUGGAAAUGGUUAUACAGUUUGGCUUUACUACGAUCUUUGUUGCUGCUUUUCCACUAGCACCUUUGCUGGCUUUGCUUAAUAAUAUUAUAGAAAUCAGGCUGGAUGCAUACAAAUUUGUAACACAGUGGAGGAGGCCAAUGCCUGCAAGAGCAACUGACAUAGGUAUCUGGUAUGGGAUCCUCGAGGGAAUAGGAGUUCUAGCUGUAAUCACCAAUGCUUUUGUUAUUGCCAUAACUUCAGACUAUAUCCCACGUUUUGUUUAUGCAUACAAAUAUGGACCUUGUAUCAACGAAGGAUACAGACAGGAAAAGUGUUUGAAGGGAUAUGUCAACAGUAGCUUAUCAAUAUUUGAUCUGAGUGAACUCGGCAAAGGAUAUUCAGGAUACUGCAGGUAUAGAGAUUACAGAGCACCUCCAUGGAGUUCAACUCCAUAUGAAUUUACCUUGCAGUUCUGGCAUGUUCUAGCAGCUCGAUUGGCUUUCAUUAUCGUCUUUGAGCAUCUAGUUUUUGGAAUAAAGUCUUUCAUUGCCUACCUGAUUCCAGAUAUGCCCAAAGACUUAUGUGACAGAAUGCGAAGGGAGAAAUACUUAGUUCAGGAAAUGAUGUAUGAAGCUGAGCUUGAGCAUUUGCAGAGAGAGCGAAAAAAGAAUGGUAGGCAGUAUCACCACGAAUGGCCUUAGCUGAUAAGAAAAAGGAUGAAAGAAAAAAGGGGGCAAAAACCACCAGCAGCAGCAUCAUGACCGAACAUUUCCAGAAGUCAAGAUGAAGGUGGGAUUUGAAAAGAAGACAACAGAAUCAAGUUGUGUAUGUGUGUAUGUGUAAGGAAGUAAUG